GAGAGAGAGAGAGAGAGAAAGAGAGGUUCUGUGAGAAUGGAGAAAGGGAGAUAGAUGGUUAUUGGUAGUAGAGGGGUGAAGCACUUGAGGGACAAAGAUGGAUACACUGUGGUUAUACUCUUGGUUAGGUCUCGUGAGGUAGAGUGAGUGAGAGGGAGUCAAUAGAGAGGGAGCACGCGCGCGAGGGUGCUGGUGAAAGAGAGACGGAAAGAGAAAGAGAAAGACAGAGUGGGAGAGAGCGAGUGAACAAGAGACGAACGGACAGACGAUCGUACAGAGUGGCGGUACACGGGGCGCGAGAAAAGCACUAGUGUGCCGUGGACCACCGCACUGGCAUACCGUGGUUUGUUACGAUCCCUUUCGUACCUCGUACUGCCCAGUCAUAAGCGAUUCACAUUUUCACUAGUGCAAGUGCAGUGCAGAGCAAACGAAACGACCCUAAAUAGGCACUUGCCGAUAGUAGGGUCAUUGUAUAGGUACUUGAGAAGGUCGUGUCGCGUGCCAAUCGGCCAGCACGGUCGCGCGGGAUACUCAAAGCAGUUUUAUAGCCCGUCUUAUUACCCGGUUUAUUGCGUCGUAACAUUUUAACGAUCAUCGUUCCAGUCGAGUGUCAAUCCUCCCAACUGUCCGUAACCAUAACAUAAAAGGGCCAUAAAACCCGCGCCAUGAGUCCCAUUUUCAGCUCCACUCAAACGGACUAUUGACAUUGGUCCCCAAUAUAACUAUCGAUGACUUUUAUGGGCUUUUAAACGGUUUAAUGCACCUUCGCCGUCCCUCAUCGUUCCGGUACCUGCUACCAGGAUCUCUCUAGCCCACGGGUAUAUUACCUCUCGCGCUCCUCACAAACAGGUGAUUUUGGGUCAAAUUAUAAAGCCGGCCCUCCGGCACGGACUAGCAAUACCCGGCUAGCCGAGUGUGCUUUCUAAAUAACAUUUUAAUUUUUUUCAAGUGACGGUGUUUGUGCAAGUGUUUCAAAAUACCAGGAAUAAUGAACUCGUACUUUGAGCAGAGUGCUGGUGGCUUCUAUGGGAGCCACCAUCAUCAAGCGGGGGCAGCGGGUCAACAUCAUGAUCCAGCAACGGCAGCUGCCUACAGGAGUUUCCCACUAGGACUUGGCAUGUCACCCUACGCAUCGAGUCAACAUCAUCAUCACACCUCAUCGUCCCUUGGAAUUCAUCCUGGUAGUGGUACCAAUACGAGGCCCCCUCAGGAUUCGCCAUACGACGCGAGUGUUGCCACUGCAUGUAAAUUAUAUUCCUCAACGCCAGAAGCAACUGGACACACAACAUCAUCCUACUCAUCAUCGGCAUCAAAAGACUGCAAACAACAAGAGCAGGCAGCUGCCCAUCAGAAUGGUUAUGCUGCGGUUAUGGCAGCCGCAGCGGUCAAGGACGUUUGGCAGUCAGCGACCUCGGCAGCAAAUAGCCAAUCAAACUCGGUUGUCCGUCCUUCCGCAUGCACCCCCGAAGGCACGAGGGUUGGUAGCUAUGGUGGCCUCGUUGCUGGUGAUCCCUCAUCAAGUCCUGGCAACAAUGGAUCCUCGAGGUCCCUCACGUCCUCCUGGAACACCUGCAAUCUCAACUCGUCCGCGAGUCAACCGGUGGCAACCCAACUCCAUCAACAGCCCGCCGCCAACCAUACCUUCUACCCCUGGAUGGCUAUAGCAGGUAAGGAAGAUAUUGCUAAGCCACAUUGGACAUGGUUGCAAGGGGCAAAUGGACUGCGCAGACGCGGACGUCAAACGUAUACACGCUAUCAAACGUUGGAAUUGGAGAAGGAAUUUCACACGAAUCACUACCUCACUAGGCGGAGGCGAAUUGAAAUGGCGCACGCAUUAUGUUUAACGGAAAGACAGAUAAAAAUCUGGUUCCAAAAUCGACGGAUGAAACUCAAGAAGGAAAUACAGGCAAUUAAAGAAUUAAAUGAACAGGAGAAACAGGCGCAAGCGCAAAAAGCAGCGGCGGCAGCGGCUGCGGCUGUUCAUCAACAGCAAGGGGGUGGGGGAGGGGGACCCGACGGGGGUAACUAGGGGUACGCCCUACACCGGAGCCCCCAAGAUCACCCCACCGCCAACCCACAUCAUCCUCUGCUAGUACCACAAUGUACACAGCUAUAUUAAGGUGAGUGGCUGGCAACAUCAACCGUCUCUGUAAUGCCAAAUAGGUAUCGAUGUGUGUUAACUGUCGAUAGUCAGUUUAUCGGUUGCGGCGAACGGAUUGCUGCACCCGGUGAGUGACGAACCCCGGACUCCCGUAGCUCACUUGACCAAUACCCUAAAUCAAUCAGCCACGUCCAACUUCCGUACACUUAAUUAGUGCUCCAUCGUAGGUCCUGAUGUACCUAUAUACAAAGUAGCCUGUUUUUCUAUAGAUCGUGUGUGUAGAAAUAGAAGAGAUUUUGUAAAAAUCAAAAAAACAAAAAAAACAAAAGCAACUGUAAAAAAGGCGAAAAAUAAAAAAAUAGGGGGGGGAUCCUACUAUGACUGGGGUAAGGUCAUUGCAUAAAAGUUUCCGUGAAUGAAAAACAGUGCAUGUGGGCAUAAAAUUAGUAAAAAAAAAAAUACAAAAAAAAAACAAGAACCGAAAAUACGUAAUUAAAACUUAAUAUUAGUUCGUAGUAGAUUUAGAUUUUUGUUUGUCCCGUUCAAAGAAGACGAGUGCACGAUUGGGUGGAUGGAGAAAGUUGAUUUGAAAAGCGAUAUUGUAAAUGAUAAUUCUAGGUCGGUGUAGAAAUUUAUUAAUUUUUCUUCAGUUUACAAUUUAUGUUAUUAUAAUUUUUUUUUUUUUUUUGAGUUCGCUCCAAUGCAAUAAAAGUGCAAAAAAAGCUCGGUGCGUCUCUUCGAGCGGCGACACGAUGACUGCUGUUGAUGUUAUAUUUUUGUUAUUUUUAUUGUCCUCGCAUCGAUUCGAGAAUUCGUUUACACCGUUUCACCUUCUUCUUUUUAUUCCGCAUUCUUCAUAAUACAUUCUUUUUUCUCUUUUUCACCCUUUCUUUUUAUUUUCAUUUAUUUCUCAUCUUUACGAAAUUUUAUUCCCAUUCUCCUUGUCUUUUUCUUCUUGACAUUUUUUUAAACGAUCAAAAUUUUUUCAAUAAAAAUUUUCCAUAUUUCUAUUUUUAAAUUAAAAUUUCUUUUUUUUUAAUUUUCUUAUU